AUGAUUAUGAAACUCGACAUUGUUUUACUGACCUUGAUGUCUCUAGCGUAUCUGGUCGCCUAUCUGGAUCGAAACAAUAUCGGCAACGCCCGGCUGAUGAACUUUGAAAAAGACCUCAAAUUGUCCAGCCAGCAGUUUUAUAAUGCGACCAUGGUAUAUUAUGCUGGAUAUCUCACAGUUGUCUUUCCAGCGAAUUUGUUGCUUCGCAAAGUCGGACCUAAAUAUCUGCUCGGCUCUGCUGUAAUUCUCUUUGGUUUGUUUGUCUGUUGUAUUUGUAGUGCCCGCGGAUAUGCAGAUCUCGUCGGUCUCCGAUAUGGCAUAGGCUGCGCAGAGGCAAUGCUGCAGACCACACCGCUGUACAUGGUGGCCUGGUACGGGAGAAACGAGCUUGGUAAGCGAGUUGGAAUAUUCUAUUCAGUUGCAACCUUGUCCGGUGUCUUCUCCAGUUUCAUUGCAUACGGCAUCCAGAAGGACCUUACAAUUCCUGGAAAGAGGCCAGCGUGGCAGUGGCUUUUCCUGGUCGAGGGCGUUCUUGCUCUGGCAGUUGGACUCAUAAUGAUUUUGCUUCUGCCAUCGUUUCCGGACCGUGUCAAGAGCUCCUGGUUAUUCAGCAAGCAGGAAAUUGACUGGGCGAUUAAACGGAACGCAGGCUUCCAAGUAAAACUCAGCCUCCUCGAUCCCAACACGUAUCUCAUGGGUUUUGUCAACAUAGCCAGCGCCACCAUGCUGGCCUCAAUCGGGGUUUUCAUGCCGACCAUUGUCAAGUCAUUCGGGUUCAGUCCUGUGCGCGCGCAGCUAUUCACCGCCAUCCCGUACGCAUGCGGAUUUGUCUCGAUGAUUGGAAUCGGUAUUCUGUCCGACCGAUAUCAAAACAAGGGCUUUUUCAUCUUGGGCUCUUUUACCUCGUGCGUUCUCGGGCUGGUCAUUCUGUUAAGCACCACCACUAUGCAGGCAGGUAUGGCUGGAGUCUGCUUCCUCGUUCUAGGAGCCUAUCCAGCGGUUAUUUUGGUGAUUGCGUGGAUUCAAAUCAGUUUCUGCGGCAGCACCAAGAGGGCCGUGUCGUGGGGGGUCGCCAUGGUCUUCGGUCAGGGCUUUAGUCUCCUGGGCACUCAGAUCUAUACCACGCCGCCAAGGUUUGUCAAGGGACAUGCGACCUUGCUUGGGUUGGUGGUGUGGGCCAUGCUGUCCACCGUCGCAUCCAUGUGGAUUAUGGCUGCUCGGAAUCGUGGCAAAGAACGUGCCUUACGAGAGUGUGCUGAACGGGGGGAGCAACAUCCGGAUAGUGGAAAGUCUCUGGAGGAGACCUGCGAUAGCCAUGUAAAUUUCAGGUAUACUUUGUGA